GCUGUAGCUGUGGCUUCGCCGGUGGAGCGGGUUGCGUGUGUCUCCACGUAUUUGUUCAUCAGAAGACGGAUUUUAUUGUUUUAUAUUGAAAGGUGCGAUAAGGGAACAUAACCGGAACGUGUUAAAACGUGUUUAAAUUACUCGGGGAUAUAUUGUGAUAUUUGUUUCGUUUGAUCAAAUCGUUCCUAGUGAUUUUUUAGAGGUGCUCUCUCUGUUUGUUUGUGUGUGUGUGUGUGUGUGUGUGUGUGUCUGGGUAAAGUCACGGGCGGAUUAAAAGCGAGCUGCGAUGAGCACUUUGGACGCAGUGGAUCGGGUCGAGCUGUGUGAGAGUCUCCUAACAUGGAUCCAGACGUUUGGCGUGGAGGCGCCGUGCAAAACCGUGGAGGACCUGACGAGUGGCGUGGUCAUGGCGCAGGUUCUGCAGAAAAUAGACGUGGUGUACUUCAGCGACAGCUGGCUGAGCCGUAUCAAGCCCGAAGUGGGGGAUAACUGGAGGUUAAAGAUCAGUAACCUGAAGAAAAUAUUAAAAGGCAUCCUGGAUUACAACCAUGAGAUCCUGGGGCAGCAGAUUAACGACUUCACUCUGCCCGAUGUGAAUCUGAUCGGGGAGCACGCAGACGCAGCAGAGCUCGGCCGCAUGCUGCAGCUCAUCCUCGGCUGCGCGGUCAACUGCGAACAGAAACAAGAGUACAUCCAGACCAUCAUGAUGAUGGAGGAGUCCGUGCAGCACGUCGUCAUGACGGCCAUUCAGGAGCUCAUGAGCAAAGAGACGCCAGUUUCAGCCGGGAGCGACUCCUACGCCGACCUGGACAGACAGCUGAAGAAGACGGCGGAGGACCUGAACGAUGCUCUGGCUUCCAAAGAGGAGAUCGCUCAGCGCUGCCACGAGCUGGACAUGCAGGUGGCGGCCCUGCAGGAGGAGAAGAGCAGCCUGCUUGCCGAGAACCAGGUCCUGAUGGAGCGCCUUAACCAGUCCGACUCCAUCGAGGACCUGAACAGCCCGGCAGGAAGGAGGCACCUCCAGCUCCAGGCACAGCUGGAGCAGCUGCAGGAGGAGACGUUCAGGCUCGAAGCGGCCAAAGACGACUACCGCAUCCGCUGUGAGGAGCUGGAGAAGGAGCUCCUAGAGGUCAAAGGUCAGAACGAGGAGCUAACGUCUCUGGCUGACGAAGCCCAGUCACUCAAAGACGAAAUGGACGUCCUGAGACACUCGUCUGAUAAGGUGGCGAAAUUGGAGGCGCAGGUGGAGUCGUAUAAGAAGAAGCUGGAGGAUCUGGGGGAUCUGCGGCGGCAGGUGAAGCUGCUGGAGGAGAAGAACACCAGCUACAUGCAGAACACCGUCAGCCUGGAGGAGGAGCUACGCAAAGCUAACACGGCCCGCGCACAGCUGGAGACCUACAAGAGACAGGUGGUCGAGCUCCAGAACCGUUUGUCCGAGGAAUCCAAGAAGGCCGACAAGCUGGAGUUUGAGAGCAAGCGACUGAAGGAGAAGGUGGAUUCACUCCAGAAGGAGAAAGACCGGAUGAGGACGGAGCGCGACUCUCUGAAGGAGACGAUCGAGGAGCUGCGGUGUGUUCAGGCCCAGGAGGGUCAGCUCACCUCAGUAGGUCUGGUUCCACUGGGCAGCAGCGAGGCUGGUUCACUAGCGGCACAAAUUGUGACCCCAGAGAUCAGGGAGAGGUUUAUUCGACUGCAGCACGAGAACAAGAUGCUGAAGCUGAAUCAGGAAGGAUCUGACAACGAGCAGAUCGCACUCCUGAAGAGUCUGCUGGAGGACGCAAACGCCAGGAAGAACGAGCUGGAGUCGGAGAACAGGUUGGCGAAUCAGAGGCUCAUGGCCGGUCAGAGUCAGGUGGAGGAGCUGCAGAAGAGUUUACAGGAGCAGGACUCGAAAGCAGACGACUCGGUUCUGCUGAAGAGGAAGUGCGAGGAACACUUAGAGAAAUUGAGAGACGCGUCCAACGAGCUGCAGAAGAAGAGCGCCAUCAUCGAGGAACUGGAGCCCAAAUAUCACGCUGGUACUCAGAGGAUUGAGGAACUGGAGGAGGCUCUGAAGAAGAAAGACGACGAGAUGAAGCAGAUGGAGGAGAGAUAUAAGAAAUAUCUGGAGAAAGCAAAGAGUGUCAUUCGGACUUUGGACCCGAAACAGAACCAGGGUUCAGCUCCUGAGGUUCAGGCCCUGAAAAACCAGCUACAGGAGAAGGAGAGAAUGCUGCACUCUUUAGAGAAAGAGUACGACAAGGCGAAGUCUCAGCGAGACCACGAGGAGAAGCUGAUUGUAUCCGCCUGGUACAACAUGGGCAUGGCUCUCCAGAAGAAAGCAGCGGAGGAGCGUUUAGCCAGCACGGGUUCGGGUCAGUCGUUUCUGGCGCGUCAGAGGCAGGCCACCAGCACACGGCGCUCGUAUCCGGGCCACGUGCAGCCCGCCACAGCCAGUGAUGUAAAGGCAUGAGGUCGAGGCGGCGCGGCUGCAUGACGGCGCUCCUUGCAUGACCGAUUUUGCUCUUGAAUAACACCUCAACCAACACUAACACCUCUCGCUUUCUUCCGUCCCCCGGUCCCGCCGUUCCGUCUGCAUGCAUACGCUGCGUGUGUGAACGUCCGCUGUGUCCCAGCAUGCAGCAGUCUGUGGGCGGGGCUUGAAGGUUACCGGAGAGUGACGUAAUAAUGAUGAUAAUAAUAAGUGUUGCGCUGUAUUAAUACGACAGUCUCUUAGGUCAGCAUUUUGUUAUUAACUCUUGUCUUCUUUUUCAUAUUUAUUAUCACUUUUUUGUUUCCUUUUUUAUUUGAAUGCAGUGUUAUUUUAAUUUCAUGACCCGCGUGAGCAAACGGUGAGCCUCUGCACGGCACGGCUUCACUUUAUUUAUUAAAUGUUUAUUUUCCCAGAGCUCACAGCGCCACCGCUUGGCGGAAACCACGCACGAGAAUUACGUUACAUUACGUUUCUGUUUUUUCUUUCUGACAGGGAACAGUAUUAGGAGGUCGAAAAGAACAGAAAAAAAAGAAACAAGGUCAAUAAGGAGCUUAGAAGUAAAAUAUAAAGUAUUUAAGUCCUGGGUGUGCGUAUCAGAGACCUGGCAACAGGACAGAAACCACACCUCGUACCAGGGCUCUUUGUUUUUGUUUUUUUUCAUAAAUGAUUCUAUAAUAUUCGUUUAUUAAACAUUUAUUAACCAUCAGAUCUGAUUGAACAAAAUGUUUUGUUAAAAAAGUUAACUAUGCCAGGGUUUAGGCUGCUUUCACAGGGUUUUAUUUCCCUCCCAAAGAAUUAUGGUUUAAAAUAAGGUGAUUUUUUUUUUUUUUUUAUCAUUAUUUUUUUUUUUUUUAUAAAAAGAAAAAAAAAGUCCUUUCAAAAGUAUGUUUAAAUUAAAAUAAAUGAAUGAAUGAAUAAAUAAAUAAAUACAUAUAUAUUGUUUUUUUGACCAAUCUGAUUGCAGUUGAGCAACUAAAUCACGCACAAAUUGUUGGUUUCAAAUGAGCUUUAUUAAUAAAAUAUAGUGUAGUAAUAUUUAGAGAUUUGUCACAUUUUAAAUGUAUUUUUAUUAUUAUUAUUAUUAUUAUUAUUUAUUUUGAGUAAUUAGAUGCAAAUCAGAGGUCCAGACAAGAAAGAAAAAUUACACGAGUGUGGGAAAAAAUGCAUAAGUGAAAAUAAUGUGAACUAUAUGAAGCUUUAUGAUGCUAAAAAUAAUGAAAAUAUAUAACUCUUUUUUUUUUUAUAAUUAUUAUUAUUAUUGAGCCAAUUAGCGGAAAUCUGGGACGUCCCACUUCUUUCUCCCACCAAAAAAAAAAAAUACUACAAAAGCAAAUAACUUGUUUGUUUUUUUUACAAAUAAUUACUGCUUAUCAUGUUCAAUCUAAAUGAAUCUUUCGUCGAUUACUAGUUACCAUGCGUUUAUAUAAAUUAGCUAGCUGAUACUAGCAGAGGUUUAUAAAAUCGUUGUUAUGGUUAACGUAAUAUGACCAGCCUGAAAAAACAAAACAAAAAUGAAAGCAGCCUAAAAUAUCUAGGCAUAAAAACCAGUAAGCUGAACCACAGUUGGCUCGAUCACAAACCAUCGAGUGCUUUUGCGUUGUUACAUUUUACACAAGGACACAGAGAGACGACCGAAUGACAUCAUCAGGUCUCUAGGUCUCUAACAUGUGCGUCUGCGAUACUAAAAUAUCGUUUCCGCAUCCGCUAAGAGGCGUGUCCUGUUUUAUUAUUAUCUAUUUACUUUUUUUUUUUACCUCGGAUUGAUUGAUUGAUUGAUUGAUGACUCUGUGGACUAACACACUAAACCGUGUGCUGUUUAUUAGCCCUUAAACUUCAAAGUCUUCUGCUGCUUCUUUUCUUCAUCACGUCAUGACGUCCAUUCUUACGCGCCAUUUUGUACUGUUUAACGACUUUUUGUUUGAAUCUAUAUUUAGCUUAAGUACAUUUGUAAGGGUGUUUGUAAGUCGAGGAACGCACAACGCGUGGACUAGACAACAGUGUUAGCCUAUUUAAUAUGAAAUUUACAAAGAAACGUUCACGAUAAGAACCGUCCAUUAGGAGAGGACCUGCUCUGAUCGGACACCUCAAAAGAAAAAAGAAAAAAAAAGAAAAAUGACAAUGACAUUUUGGUUUUUCGAGUAUUAUUAUGGUUGAUGUGUUUUUUAUGCAUAGAAAGAUGUUACGUUUAAGUCAAAGUAGCAAAUAAUCUUUCCAUUUGCCAAGUUUUAUAUUGCUUGUGUACAGUAUGUACAGACGCUCUGUGUAAGGAAGAGAAGGAAAUUCCUGCUCAUUAGUUUGUAUAAUUAUAUAUAUUACCAAAAAAAGAAAUUCAUCAAGAAGGUGAUUGAUUUUAGUUUAAUUAUGUGUUGCGACUCGACGGGAAAAUGUGCUUCCUUUGCUGCAAAACUGUACAGUUGGUAAUCAAGUUGUAAAUAAAGCUUGUAUAAAAUUCUGA